AUGAGUCAAUUUCAAUUAUUCCCGCCUCCUUCGCCUGAGGUUAGAGCGCAAAGAAAUCCAUUUCGAAAAGGUGUCAAAAAGCCUGUGCCGAAGAACGAACCGCCAUCUCCUAUCCCGCUUGAAGAGAUCAAGAGCUCUACGAAUACGGAGUCGGUAUUGCUUCAAAUCAUCGAAGACACUCAACAUUUUCCACCUCCACCAGCUUUACCUGCUACAAACUUCGCACGAUCGAAGUCACCCGCCACACAAUCAUCCCAGCAGUCGAAACCUCCCCAGUCUCCUCGCAACCGAAGGCAUCAAAAUACCAGUCCAAUGAACCAUCGGCCCUUGCCCUCACAAGGCAGCGCCGGCGAUAGUAGUAGCAACAGUGAUCAGAAUACGAAUUCAACUACUUCCCCUCAAUCUUCCCAAUCUUCCGUUUCUCCACUGCCGAUGAGAUCAAUGUUCCCCCGCUUUGAUCCAAAGACCUCGCUCAACACACAAGAUAACGAUUCACAAAUGCCUACCGAAACCCUCAAGCCCAAGCCUAAUCGCAGGCCAAAUCUCACGCUAACUACAACGUCUGAUAUUGACCAUGUUCUUGGACCAAAGACUGUCCCUGCAAGCGUGCUCAACUUCCCAACCGGUGCCUUGGAGCCAGAGGAGAUUCGAUACUCCUCUGUUCAGGAUUUGGAAAUGCUUUGGGAAGCAGCCAAUGGUCAAAGGCCGCGGAACACGUGUGGUACAGUUAAUCUUCGCUUGACAAGAACCGGUCCCGCGACUUUUACAUUCGGGAACUCCAACCAACCAUUUUAUACGCUGCAAACUUUUUCGAACAACGACAUAGCUAUAUCUCGUGGAGCGCCAUCAAAUCCAGAAAGUGACAUUCCAAUUAUGGGUCUAAGUCUCGAAGAACGCCGACGUAGAGAGCAUCCCAACGACGGACUUGUUGCGCUUCUUUUUUCCAGAUUAGCUGCUAUGCUUGCCAUCGAGCAAGCAGCCGAGGUCAGCAAAGAACAUCAACUUACUCCCUCUGAAGCUGGCGAAAUAGAACAAGACGCUCUGAAACGAGCUGCCGCACAGGAGUCCUGUCGACUGUCCUGGAAUCGCAACCUACGCCUCUACGAGCUUCGCCACCCAUCACUAUCGAAACGACAACCGCCAGCUUUAGUGGGAGCUGCGGGCAUUCCCCUCUCCCGCGACGCAGUACUUACCCAACCACCAACGAUCAUUGUCACUGGACCAGUCUCCAUGGAGGCUGCGCAACAGGCUGCCACGGCACGAACAUCCAUACUCCCCGUUACAGACUCCGAUGAACCGCUAGCGGCUCUCGAUCUGGCAACCCGAACUCUGUCUAUCUCCCCAGCUGCAGUCAUCGCGACUAUCCCCUCGCUAUAUGCGAUCGACUCGCUAGUCGCGGCAAUACUCGCUGUUGCUGUCUCUGACGAGAUCACCAAUCCCAUCCUCGCCGAUAUGGAGAUUGGUAGUACCCACCACUCAUUUGAAUCAUAUACGAACAGCGAGCCGAUGGCUGGAGUGCCUUACCGCGGGAGACUCGUCACGACACUUGCUGAGCGCGAAGACUACGCGGAAAGUCUCCAUCUCGCAUCUCAGAUUGAAGAUGCCAAUGCAAAGGCCGAAGCCGCAGCGAAGCGGAAGAGCCUCUUCAAGUUCUGGGAACGAUCGAAGCCGAGCUCUUCUACAUCUGCGAGCGGGCGUAUGGCCAAGAAGGGCAAGAAUAAAGGGCAACAGGUUGUUGUUGAGGAAUUCGAUCUCGAAAAGUACGGCCGGUAUGGCCCUGAAUCGUCUCGGAAAGGCGAGAAACUGCCAGGGAUUACUCGGACCAUCUUGAAACUUCUGUUCUGGGGAUUGGAGUUAUUCGUCAAGGGGUUGACACUCGCCGUUAAGCUCCUGGCAUGGCUGCUGGUGAGGGCGACGCGCUGUGUGACAAGUGAGAAGUUCUGA